AUGUUUCAAUCUAUAAAUAAUGUCCAACUUGAAACUAUAGUCCAAUCUAUAACUAAUGCUCAACCCGAAACUAUGGUUCAAUCUAUAACUAAUAUCCAGCUCCAAUCUGAUAUUAAGGAUCAACUUGAAGCUAAAGAUCAACCUGAAAUUAAGAAGCAACUUAUAAAUACAAAACAGCUUAUAGCUGGAGACAGUAAUAAUCUUAAUUGGAUAUUUGAAUUGCAAGACAUAUUUGAAAAUUCAUUUCAAUUACAAGACAUAUCUGAAGGUUUAUAUCAAAAUAUUGAAGAAUCAUAUGAUAAUUUGUAUGAGAAUAAUGAGCCAGAGGAUAGCAUAGUGAGUGAAAUUUAUAGUGAUUUGGAUGAAGAUAGUUAUGAGGAUGAUGAGCCAGAAGAUAGCUUUGAAAUAAGAACUGUAAAAUCUGAAAAAGAAGAGGACAAAGAAUCAGUUUGUAUUGAUUAUAAGUUUACAGUAAAUGCAUCAUAUCGUAGAUCUAAAAAUCUAGUAUUUGUUAACAAAUUUGUUAGUCAACAUAACCAUAACUUACAAAAUCAAGAUUCUCUUCAAGAAUUUUUACCAGCAUUAUACAAAAUACCAGUUUUAAAAAAAAUAUUAAGAAAAAAAUAUCCAAAUCAAGAUAUUCAUUCUCAAGAUCUUUACAAUGCAAUACAUAAAUUCAAGACUGAUACUCAAGUUAAAAAUAAUGCUGCUGCACUUCUUGAAUAUUUAGUUCAAUUAUUAAAUGAUUCUAAUCAAAAAAGUCAUAUAGUAGCAAUAGCGGUAGUGUGUGAUGAAAUGGUUUCAACCUAUGAAUGGAUCUUAGAACAAACAAAACAUGCAAUAGAAGACCUUCAACCAAAAACACUUUUUAUUGAUACAGACCCAGCAAUACAGAUUGCAAUAAAUAAUCAAUAUCCCAAAAUAAUUAUAAAGCAUUGUGCUUUUCAUAUCUGA